CCCUAAAACCCUGGCCAUAUCUUGAGCCAGAGAUUGGUUGUCUGACUUGAAUGCUAUAUAUCAGAGGGAUGUGUGCACAUGCAUGCAGUUCAUGACUUCAUGAACAUGGCUUCAUACUCUGAAACUGGAUAUCCAUAUCCAUCUUCUUCAUCUUCUUCUCCUCCUCCAGCUAACAACAACAAGAAGGACAUCAAGAACAAGAAGGGAAGUAAGAAAGUAGGGAUGAAACUAUCCACUGAUCCACAAAGCAUUGCAGCAAGGCAGAGAAGGCACAGGAUAAGUGACAGGUUCCGUAUUCUCAAGUCCCUUGUUCCAGGUGGUAGCAAGAUGGACACUGUCACAAUGUUGGAAGAGGCCAUCCAUUAUGUCAAGUUCCUCAAGGCUCAGAUUUGGCUUCACCAAGCUGCCAUGUCCACUACUGAUCAUCUCCCUCAAAACUCUCAUGCUAAUUACACAGAUCUCAACCCUAAUCCUAACCCUAACCCUAAUGUUCUUCCUUCUCAUCAUCAACAGCAGCAGCAGCAGCAGUUAGUCUACUACUCCAUUACAGCUCAAGGAGAAGAAGACAUGCUUUCUUAUUUAAGUUAUGUAUGACUUAGCAAGUAGUUGAUAAGUUUGUUUUGAAUAUAUAUAUAUGUAUGUUUAGUGGGGUACCUAUACCUUCUUUUGAUGAUCAUAAUGGUCCCAGUCUUUCUUUUGUUUGUUCUCUUGAACGAUAUUAUUCAUAUGCUUUAAUGAAGU